CCUCGCAUGGUUCCGGAGGGGUUAAACCCAGCCGUGCAUAAAAUGUACAUCACACAAGGAACCUAUGAUGUCAAAGACUCUGCAAGGCCCAGCUCCAAAGACCGCCGUUCCAGCCUGGUCCAUCGUAAAUCUUCCGUGUUUACCAGGGAAGACACAAAUGAAGACCGGCUUUUGACGCACACAGAGUUUGAGACUUGGAACCGUUUGUACCGUUUGACAGAAUCAGAUAGGGUAACAGAUGUCAUUCUACCCAGAACACAGUUUGAGCUCUUCAGAGAUCCAGAAACAAGCAUGGAACAAGUCUCAGGAAGUGUCCAUGAGCUGUCCCUAUCAGAGUGGAAACUGUGGCAGAAUCGACCUUUUCCAACUGACUUUGUGGAUCACUCUGUUCGGAGUAAUAAUUUCAUUGCUGUUAUGCAGCUGAUUGAGCGGAUGAGAGAGGAGGAGGAUGGUUGCAGUUAUGAAAAAGAAAUGGUCGCUUUCUUGGAUAAAGCUGAUGUGCUUCCCUCACAUAAGUCUAAGCAAGAUAGUCGAGAAUGCCAUGCUAUAACUUCCAAACCCUCAAAGAAGUUGUCUACUCUGAAAAGUAAAACUUGCAAGAAUUCAACUUCAUUUUCUUUGAUUGAAAAUGAUGAAGAUUUUCAGCCACUAUUCAAGUCUUCAAAGAAAGUAAAGUCUUGUGUCACUGAAUAUGACAAUACAGAACCGGUAGGCUAUACCACAGCAAUGGAGGUGAGCAGUGAUGCUGAGAUUGGUCCUCAUCAAGAUCUUGCUCAAGAUUUGGCUGUUGAAGUUGCAAUGAACGGUCAUAGCCGAGCAUCUCCAACUAAGCCUGACUCUGGGUACCACAGUUUCAUUGAAAACUCCUCUGAUGGUUUACCUAAUCUAUUUUAUACUGAGUAUACACAAAAUAAUCAUCAUCUGGAUUCA